AUGCUGGGUGCCACGCAGUUCGCAGGAGGAUCACUUACCCUCCCGGCGAGGUACUGCUUCGUGCCCCAGCCCGCCCCGCGAUGGCGAUGCAGGGGCCCCAGGAGGACAUGCACCACCGCCAUACGGCACGAGGACAGGGUGUCGGGCGCUGGGCCGGAUGUGGUGCACGUUGUUCCCCAGGUGGAGCCCGUGGCCAGCCCCCCGGCCCUGCCGGAGAAUGAGCUGCCCCCCCUCUCCGAGUCCCUCUCCCUGGACACGGCACGUGGGAGGAAUACGCCCGCUCCAGUCCCAGUGGCCGGCCCGGACGAUCGGGAGCGUUGUUACCUGGUGGCGGUGGCCCGCAAGUCCUCGCCGCGGUCCCGCGCCUUCUCCGCCCCCGACUCCAUCCUGGAGCUGGGGCGGCUGGCCGUCACCGCGGGGUGCCAGGUGGUGGGCCACUGUAUCCAGGCGCUGGAGGAGCCCCAUCCCCGCACCUACGUCGGCAGCGGGAAGCUGGCCGAGCUGGCAGCGGCCGUGGAGGGCGCGAGCGCCGACACGCUGGUCUUCGACGACGAGCUGAGCCCGGGCCAGCUGCGCAACCUGGACCGCGCCUUUGGCGGCGCGGUGCGGCUGUGCGACCGCACCGCCCUCAUCCUGGACAUCUUCAGCCAGCGCGCCGCGACGCGCGAGGGCCAGCUGCAGGUGGCGCUCGCCCAGGCCGAGUACCAGCUGCCGCGCCUGACGCGGAUGUGGACGCACCUGGAGCGCCAGUCCGGCUCCGGCCAGGUCAAGGGCAUGGGCGAGAAGCAGAUAGAAGUAGACAAGCGCCUGCUGCGUGGCCGCAUGGCGCGCCUGCGCUCCGACAUCGAGGAGGUGCGCACCCACCGCGCGGCCUACCGGGUGCGCCGUGCAGAGGCCCCCAUCCCCGUCAUCGCGCUGGUGGGGUACACCAACGCCGGCAAGUCCACGCUGCUCAACACCCUGACCCAUGCCGGGGUGCUGGCAGAGGACAAGCUGUUUGCCACCCUGGACCCCACGACACGCCGGGUGGAGCUGGGCCAGGGGCAGGAGGUGCUGCUGACAGACACCGUGGGGUUCAUCCAGAAGCUGCCCACGCAGCUGGUGGCGGCCUUCCGGGCCACGCUGGAGGAGAUCGCGGAGGCCAGCCUCCUGCUGCACGUGGUGGACGUGAGCCACCCCACCGCCGCCGCCCAGGUGGAAACCGUGAACGACGUGCUGAAGGAGCUGGGAGUGGGCGGCAUCCCCGUGCUGCACGUCUGGAACAAGGCGAGGCGCCAUGGCGAGGGGGGGGGGCCGGAUGUAGACGCGUGCGCGGAUCCUCACGCCGUGCGCGCUGUGGCCGCUCUGCGCCCGCACAGCGUGUGCGUGUCGGCGAUGUCGGGGGAGGGCGUGGAGGACCUGCUGGAGGCAGUGUCCUACAUGUUGCAGCAGAGCAUGGUGGAUGUGGAGGUCCUGGUGCCCUACAGCAGGGGCGAGUUCGUGGACCUGAUCCACCGCUCGGGGAUGGUGCAGAGCGCGGAGUUCACCGCCACGGGUACCAGGAUCAAGGCGCACGUGCCCCAGUCGCUCGCCAGGAAGCUGGCGCCCAUGGCGGUGGGGGGGCAGGGCGCGGCGCCCCCCCUCCAGAUCGGGCUGCAGCACCGGGACUGGGAAGGGCCAUAG